UUCGCACAAGACCUCUGGUUCGGUAAACUCCGGCCGGUUCCGGCGGCCCCGCCCCCUGCGCCGAAGGAAGCCCAGAAGGACUCGAGUCCCGGGAGGCGAGCUGCAAACAUGGACCCGCUGGCGGCUGCCAUUGACCAGGGAACCAGCUCCACCAGGUUCCUGGUGUUCAACACUAAAACAGCCCAGCUGAUCAGCCACCACCAGGUGGAGCUCAAGCAACAUUUCCCCAAAGAAGGGUGGGUGGAGGCGGACCCCAGGGAGAUCAUGGACACUGUCCACGAGUGUCUGGAGAAGACCUGCCAGAAGCUGGCGCAGCUCAGCGUGGACGUGUCCCGCAUCAAAGCGGUGGGGGUGACCAACCAGAGAGAAACCACCCUGGUCUGGGACAAGGAGACCGGAGAGCCGCUCUACAACGCCAUCGUCUGGCUGGACCUGAGGACGCAGUCCACUGUGGAGAGACUCAUCAGCAAAACUCCCGGCAGGAGCAAGAACCACCUGAAGCAUAAGACCGGACUCCCCAUCAGCACUUACUUCAGUGCUGUGAAACUCCGUUGGUUGCUGGACAAUGUGGAGGCGGUGCGGCAGGCGGUUCUGAGUAAGCGGGCCUUGUUUGGGACCGUGGACUCCUGGAUCAUCUGGAGUCUGACGGGCGGCCGAGACGGAGGAGUCCACGUCACGGACGUGUCCAACGCCAGCCGCACCUUGCUGUUCGACAUCCACAGCCUGGACUGGGACCCCGAGCUCUGCAGUUUCUUUGACGUCCCGAUGGAAAUCCUCCCCGCCGUCAGAAGCUCCUCUGAGAUCUACGGCCGCAUGAGGUCUGGCUCGCUGGCAGGGGUUCCCAUCUCGGGGUGUCUCGGGGACCAGUCGGCAGCUCUGGUCGGUCAGAUGUGCUUUGAGGAAGGCCAGGCCAAAAACACGUACGGGACGGGAUGCUUCCUGCUCAGGAACACAGGAACCAAGCCGGUGAUGUCCGAACACGGCCUGAUCACUACAAUCGCCUACAAGCUGGGGAGGGACAAGCCAGCCUGCUACGCGCUGGAGGGUUCGGUGGCUAUAGCCGGAGCAGUGAUUCGCUGGCUGAGGGACAACAUGUGCAUUGUGCAGUCGUCCUCUGAGAUCGAGCAGCUAGCAGCUGAAGCAGGAACAUCCUACGGCUGCUACUUCGUUCCAGCGUUCUCCGGCCUCUACGCUCCGUACUGGGAGCCGAGCGCCAGAGGCAUCAUCUGCGGCCUCACCCAGUUCACCAACAGAAGCCACUUGGCGUUUGCCGCCCUGGAGGCUGUCUGCUUCCAGACCAGAGAGAUCCUGGACGCCAUGAACCAGGACUGCUGCAUCCCGCUGCCGGUGCUGGGCGUGGACGGAGGCAUGACGGGGAACCGGCUGCUGAUGCAGCUGCAGGCCGACAUCCUCUGCAUCCCCGUCGUGCGACCCAGCAUGUCCGAGACCACGGCUCUGGGUGCAGCCAUGGCGGCCGGCGCCGCUGAGGGCGUGGAGGUCUGGAACCUGAACCCAGAUCAGCUGCCUGAGGUCACGGCUGAGCGGUACCAGCCUCAGAUCAACACGCAGGAGAGCGAGUUGCGCUUCGCUCGCUGGAAGAAGGCCGUCCAGAAAUCCAUGAACUGGGAGACGUCAGAGACCAGUUGCACCAGUAACGGUGUAGGGAAGACGACGAACGGCGCCCCCUGCUGGUCCCUGGGCCCCAUCAGAGUGGACCCCUAAGGUUGGCAGCAGGGAUCCGACUAAGUCCACAUGGUACCGGGCACCGUGCUGGUUCUGGAGGUGAAACCGACCCUGGAGCUUCUGAAAGAACCGGCCUAGUUAAAGUUCUGCUCAUUUAAACCAGUGAUGUCAGAGCGGGACCACCAGAACCCUUUCCAACCCAACCAGAACCUUUUGUCUCAGAUCUCAUUUGUUCCAGAACCUCCAUGUUGGCCAGCCUUCCCAGAACCAGUUUGGAUCCGAUUGGGAUCGCUCCCAGUUCAUCCGUCCAGCUGACAGAACCGGUCCGACUGGGUCAGGUGAAGGUUUGGUUCAACUUCGCUCUGGCAACAGAACCUCAGCCAGAAACCCGGUUCCGACCCACUGUGGAAAUUUUUAUAUUCAAAGGGAAAUAAAAUCUAGAAACGAUCAACAGAAUCCAGAAUCAGACGUGAAAAUGUUUUUAUAUCUUUAACUUUGUGACAAAUUGUCAUCCUGUGAAACUUGAUUAACUGAGCAGAAGAUUUUAGAGCAGAAGAAAUGUCUUCAAAAUAAAAACCUUGUUUUAAUAUCAUUAGUGUCCUAGUCAAAGUCUGCGGUGAAAUAAAACUUAGAAACACAAAAAA